CUCGCAGCAUUAUGUAACAAGAAAACAAAACAACAACUUAUUUCUUCAAGACCCGUUGACCCGUCUCACUUGAUCUAAUUACAGUUCUGUAGAUAAUAACUAAAAUACUACACCAAUGUCUACGACAGCUAAAAUCACAUUGGCCUCCUCUAUAGUGUUUACUGUCAGUAUGAUAGCAUUUGUGAAUUAUAACCAUAGAGCAGAAAGAAUACGAAUGAGGCAAGGAGUGGAUCGAGACAUUGAACGUCAAAAGAGAAAGGAGGACAACAAACGAUUGCUUGAUGACAACAUCAAAGCUUCAAAAGAACUGAAAGUUGUGUGACGUGUAGAGAUGUUAACUAAAAAUUGAUUUGAAUUGGUAUUCGGGCAUUAAAACAGACAGGAAUCAAAUGUUUGAAAUUAAAAUUUGGAAUGAGCUCGUUGAUUGCUGGAUAUUGAAAGAAGAAGUAAUGUCAUUGGUUUUUCUUCUCAUUGACACUUUGUUUUUAGGCUGUAAAAUUUGUGUUGAUAAAAUAGACAAUUGUUAUAGAUGAAUAAAGAUACAAAAGACGUUGAACAGUGUCAAAUUAAAAUACAAUGUGUUUUACUAUAAGUAUAAGUUAUAGAAUUGCGUGUUUUAGAUGCCUUUCUAGAGACUAAAUAGAGAGUAAAGUAUUUGUAAUAAACUUUUUGUACAAAAGCCUUUUUGAACCAAUAAAUGAAUAUAAGACCAUC